CGCCUCAUCAUCACUCCUCUCACUCCUCGCCGAGCCGGCGCCGACGAGAUGGGCCUCUCACAUCACUUCACGCUUGCUGCGUCUGCUGGAGGCGGGCCGCAGGCAUCUCCAGACACAGCCAUCCGUGCCUGACGCCGAGUGGGAUAUAAGGGUGGAGCGGCUUUCGCACUGAGCUCCCCUCACCACCCCUCCAGUCUUCUCACACCUCGCACGCGCACCUCUCGAGCAUCUACACACCUCCAGCAACCGCAUCGCAUCAAGAGCCACCGCGUCACCACUCUCCACGCACCAUGCGCCUCUCCAGCGCGCUCCUCCUCGGCGCCGCCGCCGGCGCCGCCUCGUCGGUGCAGGCCGCGCCGCUGGGCUUCGCCGACUUCGAGGCCCGCGGCAGUGCCGCGCUCGACGCCGGCUUUGUAGCCGUGGCGCGCGACCUCAGCGCUGUGGCGCGCUCGUGCCUCGAAGCCUCGGGCGUGGCCGUGACCUACCCCGGUGACUCGGCCUUCAGCACGCAGAGCCAGCCGGAGAACUCCGUCUUGCCGUACACGCCCGCCGCCAUCGCGGCGCCUGCGAGCGCCGACGAGGUGGCGAGCGUGACACGCUGCGUGGCAGCGCAGAACGGCGACGUGAAGGUCGUGCCCAAGUCCGGCGGGCACAGCUACACUUCUGCGUCGCUCGGCGGGCAAAACGGCUCGGUAGUGAUCGACCUGAAGCAGCACCUGACGGCGAUCACCAUCGACGCAGACGCCAAGACGGCGACGGUGCAGGCGGGCGCCACGCUCGGCCCGCUGGCGCAGGCGCUGGGCGAGAAGGGCUUCGCCUUGCCGCACGGCACCUGCCCAACUGUCGGCGUGGGCGGCCACUCGCUCGGCGGCGGCUGGGGCUUCACGAGCCGCAGCUGGGGCUGGCUGCUCGACCACAUCGUCAGCAUGCAGCUCGUGACGCCCGACGGCAGCAUCAAGAGCGUCAAUGCCACCUCGGAGCCGGAUCUCUUUUGGGCGCUGCGUGGCGCCGGAGCGAGCAACUUUGGCACCGUCACCGAGUUCACGUAUAGUCUCGAGGACGCGCCCGAGUCGGUUGUCAACUACUCCUUCACCUACCCCUCCAACGACGACUGCGUCCAGCUCAUCCUCGCGGUCCAAGAUCUCGCGACUCGGAGCGAUGGCCGUCUGGACUUGGGCAUGGGCGGCGAGAUCCUGCUCUACGGCGAGAACAGCGGCAAUGACGGCGCCUGCAGCUUUGCCGGCCAGUUCAAGGGCGCCGCCUCGACGUUCGAGGCACAGGCCGGCAUGCUCAGCGACGCCAUGCAAUCGCGCGGCGCCAGCACAGGCACGCCGGCAAACACGACUUUCACUGGCGCAGCGACGGGCAGCGACAGUGCCUGGCUGCGUGCGCUCACGGACCUCAUGGGCGACCUCAACGCGGCGGCGAUCUCGGAGCCCUACUACGCCAAGUCGCUGAUGGAUGAUGGCUCGCCCAAUUACACGGCCGACUCUGCCAAGGCCAUCAUCGACACGAUCCAGAAGCACGUGCUUGUGGAAGGCACGGGCAUCUCGCUCUCGCUGGACCUCAACGGGCCGGGCUCUGCCACCAACGCCAACCUGACGACGGCGAGCGCGUUCGACGUGCACCGCACGAGCCUCUUCUUUUCGCAGCUUUACGUCUACGGCCAGCCGACCGACGCGACGGCGCAGCAGAACGUGUUUGCUGCCACGGACGAGAUCAUCGAGUCGGUCAAGGCGGCCAAGCCCAACGGCAACUGGCUGCUCUACGUCAACUACAUCGAUGCGCAGAUCAAGGACUUUGGCACGCAGUACUACAGCACGGCGCUCGAGCGCCUCAAGAGCAUCAAGGCCGCCGUCGACCCGCUGACGCUGUUCGACUUCCCCCAGGGGCUGGCGCACGCAUAGUGCGCCCGCCCGCGAGCGAGCGCCUCCGCUGCAACAGCGUCUGAGAGCAGCCCUCCGCACACUGACGAAACCAGACGAACCG